UGGUUCGGAAUUGCGUUUAGUGUAAAUCAAGCACAUCAUGUACAGGAUUUUUCGCACACUUAAGAAUGUAAGGACGUUCGAGUGCUUAUCAAUGCAAAUACUGCCAAUGGAAAACAACUUGAUUCGGUUUUCAACCAUAGCAACCACAGUAAAAUCAUCAGUCAAUGCAAAGCUUCAUAUGAUAAAAGACGUGCCAUUAUCUGACCAGCUAAAUCAUUCUCGCAUAUGUAAUGAACAAGAAAAAAAUAAAUUUAAAGCGGCUUGGGUUCCAAGCCCAUAUCCAAAUAUGGGCAGCAUUUCAAAUAAAUAUAAGAAACUUUCGAAGUUUCGUCUGACAUCGUUAGUGGUAAUAACAACAAUGGGUGGAUAUGCUAUGGCACCUGCAAGCUUUGAUGCAACCUCAUUUAUUAUGUGCACAUUAGGAACUGGUUUGGUCUCAGCAGCGGCGAACGCAAUUAAUCAAUAUCAUGAAGUUCCAUUUGAUUCUCAAAUGUCGAGAACAAAAAACCGUGUCCUGGUGACGGGUCAAAUAACCCCACUUAAUGCCCUCGGUUUCGCAGUAAUGUCAGCGACAACAGGAUUAUGUUUAUUAUAUUUUGGAGUUAAUGGGCUUACAGCUGCAUUGGGUGCUGGAAAUCUCUUUCUCUACACAUCUAUCUAUACUCCAAUGAAGCGAAUUAGUAUUGCUAACACAUGGAUAGGCUCAAUCGUUGGGGCAAUCCCUCCACUGAUGGGAUGGUCAGGUUGCACAGGAACUCUCGACACAGGCGCUAUUAUACUUGCAGGAGUUCUGUACGCUUGGCAGUUUCCCCAUUUCAAUGCUCUUUCCUGGAACCUACGUCCGGAUUAUUCACGAGCCGGUUAUCGUAUGAUGGCUGUCAUCGAUCCAGCUUUAUGCCGUCGUACUGCAUUGCGAUAUGCUUUAGUUAUAUGUGGUAUGAGUUUGGUAGCUCCAUUUUUUAACGUUACUAAUUAUUGGUUUGCGUUGGAAUCAUUGCCAUUAAACAUAUACUUUUGUUAUCUUGUCAAGACUUCAUGUAGACGAAAUUCGGAACACUCUUAUUUUUAUUAUCCUGAACAAAAUGAUAAUGGGAAAUCAGGGUAUAAUG